AUGUUUCGCUUCACCUCUGCUUUGGGACUUAGGUGCUGCGGUAUUGCACGAUGUGCCGCGCUACAAACUCCGACUCCUGUGACUCUUCUCUCGGAGAGUGAGAAGAUGCUUUUGGAUUCCGUGCGUCAGUUUACGGACCGAGUUCUAAAACCACGGGCUCGUAGGAUGGACGAGGGAAGUGCCAUGGAGAAGGAGGUCAUUAAGGAACUGUUUGAGGCGGGACUUAUGAGCAUCGAGAUCCCCGCGGAGCACGGAGGUGGGGAUAUGUCUUUUUUUUCAAGCAUUUUGGCUAUUGAAGAAAUUUCGCGUGUUGAUCCAUCGGUGUCAGUACUUGUGGAUGUACACAAUACCCUUGUGAACAAUAUUUUUCUUCGAUUUGCGAACAGUGAGCAAAACGCGAAAUUUCUUCCGGAUUUGGCAUCAUCAUGUGUAGGGUGCUUUUGCCUCACCGAGGCGGAAAGCGGAAGUGACGCCUUUGCUCUCAGGACCCGUGCCGAGAAGAAGGGUGAUCGAUGGGUGAUCAAUGGAUCAAAGAUAUUUAUUACCAACGGUGGUUAUGCAGACAUCUUUCUUGUCAUGGCAAACGUGGACCCUUCAAAGGGAUACAAGGGGAUUACCUGUUUUGUGGUGGACAAGAGAAAAUCAUCGGGCAUACAUGUUGGCCGACCCUUGGACAAGUUGGGCCUUCGCGCCAGUUCGACGGUCGAGAUAAACUUUGAGAACUGCGAGGUUCCCGAAGAGAAUUUAAUUGGAGAGGUUGGUAAGGGAUACCAGAUUGCCAUUGCAACACUUAAUGAGGGUCGUAUUGGAAUCGGGGCGCAGAUGGUUGGCAUCGCUCAAGGGGCAAUGGAUAUUGUCAUGCCAUACCUGUUCCAGCGAAAGCAAUUCAACACACCAGUUGGAGAUUUUCAGGCGCUGCAGAUGCAGUACGCGGAGUGUGCCACCAACAUCCACGCAGCGCGUCUUAUGGUGUACAACGCGGCAAGAAAGAAGUUAAUGGGUGAGUCUUUUGUGAAGGAGGCUGCGAUGGCAAAGCUAUUUGGCUCCCAGGUGGCUGAAAAAACGGCUAGCAAGGCAAUUGAGUGGGCUGGUGGCAUUGGCUUCACGAGGGAUUUCGGUCUUGAACGUCUCUAUCGUGACGCCAAGAUUGGCGCCAUCUACGAGGGAACAUCCAUCAUUCAGUUACAGACAAUCGCAAAGCUGAUUAAAAAGGAAUAUAACUGA